AUCGGAAUGGUUUUUCCCCGUCGUCGCUCAAUAAUUUCACAAGAAGAACGGAUUAAUAGGUUGAAGGAAUCAAGACAGAAGUAUAAUCGGUUAGCAAAAAAGUCUACGAAGCCACCAACGGUUCCCAUAGCUCCAAGAGCAUCGAUUGCUCCAAAACAGUCGGUAGCUCCGAUGGUUUCCAUGGCCCCUCAACAAUCUAUUGCUCAAAACAGUUCCACAGCUUUGAGGAACCCAGUCAGUCAAGUUGAACCUGAGGACGACUUCAAAAUCGAUCAAAAUUCGCUAGAUAUGAUUAAAAGUGGACGAAUCGUCAUUCCAGUGAAUCGUCCAUCGAUAGCUGCGCCACGUCAUACAUUCGGAGCCAGAGAGUCAUUGAUUGGAAAGCCUAUGAGCAGAUUUAGAGCCUCGAUCGCUUCCCGGGAGCCACGUGUAAGCUUGAUGCCACUUGGUAUUAAUGUCUUCGAAGCAAAUUCAUCUCAAAGGAAUGAGGUCUCAGAAUUUCUGAACAAUAUCACCUCUGGAGCAACUCCAGGCAAACCAUCCUCUACCAACAACUCGCUCAAUACCACGGGCAAUCGUCAGCGAAAAAUUCGAUUUUUCGAAGUUGAAUCCGCAAUUCAGGAGGCGCGAGAGUCAGCUGAAGCUGAUGGAAUAGCUGCUUGUUCUUCUUCAGAUGUUAGGCACAGUCCUAUUUCGGAUCUCAGUUUCAAGCCAACAUCAAUUUUAUCGACGAAGAAGGCUGAUAGAAAAAAGAUCAAUCUUGCCAAUUGUCCAUCGAAAACUCCUAGAACUGUUCUAAACUUUGAUGAGACUGAUAGCAUGAACGAUUCGUUGAAUCAAGAAAUGGAAGAAAAAGAAAAGGAAAAUCACAUUCAAGUGAUCAGUUUUCAAACAGUUCUAUCGACACUUUGCGAUCUAAAACCAGGUCUCUCCAAAUAUCAUAUUGCACUUAUUGAAAAGUCAAUCGAGAACUGGAAGAAUAUCUCCGCAGUGAAAUCGCCAGAGAAAAACUCCCAUGGUCCAAUUCCGAUUACUCCUCUCGGUUCGAUCUUGGAAGCUAUGAAUAUUGCCGAAGAAGAUUCCGAUGUGCAGGAAUAUGUUCCAGAGAAAAAGAAAAAACGACGAAGCUCAAUGAUGAAAGCUGGUGCUGUAAGGCGUCGCUCAACCCUUCGUCGCUCAGCUCGAGGACUAUUCAAACAGGACUAAACAAUACAAUUUAUUAUAUGAUGAUUGAUUACUGUGAAUAUAUGUGAUUUUUUAUUUUAUGUUUUGCCGAAUGAAAACAUUUCUUGU